CAACCAAACACAGUCUGGCAUCCACAAAGAACGCGGCUCUUGGUGAUGAUCCAUUUAUGAUUGUGGGACCUAGGCGCUGACUGUAACUAACAUCGGGGAUCACCGCCACCGUCACACGCAUUCCGACUUCUCCAUCAAGAGACCACUCCUCCACUCCCCACUCUGCAAUCCAAGCACUGUGAGAGACGGAGACUCUCUCUCUCUCUCUCUCUCUCUCAUUAGCUGGCGAAAAUGGUGAAUCGAAGCUCUCGCACGGCGGUCCCUGAGAGAAACGGUAUUGGACCCAUUCGAGUCUCCUGCUUCUCCUUCAGACUCCUUGCCUCCGCCAUUGCUGUUGCUGUCUUCGGCUUUUUCACUCUUUCUCUCCUCUUCACUUCUCACUCCGACCCCUCUGAUCUUGCUCUCGGUUUUAUAUCCGGUCCAUACGUUAGUGGAUCCGUGAGAAGAUCCGUGCUCGCCCUCAAAUCGGAUCCGCUGAAGCCGCGUCUCGAUCAGAUCCGGAAGCAAGCCGACGAUCACCGGUCCCUUGCUCUCGCUUACGCUUCGUAUGCGCGCAAGCUCAAGCUCGAGAACUCGAAGCUUCUGAGGGUUUUUGCUGAUCUCUCACGAAACUACACCGAUCUGAUUGCGAAACCAUCUUAUCGUGCUCUUUUUGAGUCUGAUGCACCCUCCAUCGAUGAAUCAAUGCUGCGACAAUUUGAGAAGGAAGUGAAGGAGCGGAUCAAGGUGACUAGGCAAGUGAUUGCUGAAGCAAAGGAAUCAUUCGAUAAUCAGCUAAAGAUUCAGAAGCUUAAAGAUACGAUAUUCGCUGUUAAUGAGCAAUUGACGAAGGCGAAGAAGCAAGGGGCGUUCUCUAGUUUGAUCGCAGCAAAGUCAAUUCCGAAGAGCUUGCAUUGUCUUGCCAUGCGGCUAAUGGAGGAGCGAAUUGCGAAUCCAGAGAAGUACUCCGACGAGGGGAAGCCAACCCCACCAGAAUUUGAAGAUCCCAAGCUGUAUCACUAUGCAAUUUUCUCGGAUAAUGUGAUUGCUGCUUCAGUUGUGGUUAAUUCGGCGGUGAAGAACUCGAAAGAGCCAUGGAAACAUGUGUUCCAUGUUGUGACAGACAAAAUGAAUCUUGGGGCUAUGCAAGUUAUGUUCAAGAUGAGGGAGUAUAAUGGAGCUCACAUUGAAGUGAAGGCAGUUGAAGAUUACAAAUUCUUAAAUUCUUCAUAUGUUCCGGUAUUAAGACAGCUUGAGUCCGCAAACUUGCAGAGGUUUUACUUUGAGAAUAAGCUUGAAAAUGCAACUAAGGAUACGUCAAACAUGAAAUUUAGGAACCCCAAGUAUCUGUCUAUGUUGAAUCAUUUGAGGUUCUAUUUGCCUGAAAUGUACCCAAAAUUGCACAGGAUUUUGUUUUUGGAUGAUGAUGUGGUGGUUCAGAGGGACUUGACUGGUUUAUGGAAGAUAGAUAUGGAUGGGAAAGUGAAUGGGGCUGUUGAGACAUGUUUUGGGUCAUUCCACCGGUAUGCACAGUACAUGAAUUUCUCACACCCUUUGAUCAAAGAGAAGUUCAAUCCAAAUGCAUGUGGGUGGGCUUAUGGGAUGAACUUUUUUGAUUUGGAUGCUUGGAGGAGAGAGAAGUGCACAGAACAGUAUCAUUAUUGGCAGACUCUGAAUGAGAAUCGAACCCUGUGGAAACUGGGAACUUUGCCCCCUGGUCUGAUCACAUUUUACUCUACAACAAAGCCGCUACAUAAAUCUUGGCAUGUCCUGGGACUUGGGUACAAUCCAAGCAUAGGCAUGGACGAAAUUCGCAAUGCUGCAGUGGUGCACUUCAAUGGGAAUAUGAAACCAUGGCUUGAUAUUGCAAUGAACCAGUUUCGGCCACUCUGGAAUAAAUAUGUUGAUUAUGAUAUGGAGUUUGUCGCUGCCUGCAACUUUGGUCUUUAGAAGAAGCAUAAUUUUUGCAGCCUUUGUCUAGAGGAUCUGCAGAUGCAAAUCCUGCAGCAUCCAUUUUGCAAGAUCCAGCGCUGUUCUGAAUGCUGAAACCCAGUGAGCCACUGAUCAAUCUUACUUGUCAUAGAAAUUCACGUCUAUCCAAUUGUAGAAAUCUCUUUGCUAUUUAAAUUUAGAAUUCUGGUUCAAAAUGUUCAUAUGUGCCUUGCAAUGCAAGUUACUCACUCAGGUACAAUCGUUUAAUAGGUUGUUUGGUUUUACAGUCUAGAUUCAGGUUUGUUGAACUUAUUAUUUUCCACUUCACCAUGUGGUAACUUAAAUUACAUAUUUAUUACCCCUAUAUAAAGCAAUUAUUGGCGCA